AUGCCGAGGUCCGCUUUGUCAAUCAUUUCCUUUUGUCACUGGCUUGGCAAACAGGAGAGAAAACGGAGCUUCAUGGGAAACAGUAGCAACAGUUGGUCCCACACGCCAUUCCCCAAGUUGGAGCUGGGCCUGGGUUCCCGGCCCGCCGCGCCCAGGGAGCUUCCUGCCUGCUCCAUCUGUCUGGAGAGGCUGCGGGAGCCUGUCUCGCUGGACUGCGGCCAUGACUUCUGCACUCGGUGCUUCAGCACUCACCGUGUCCCGGGCUGCGAGCCGCCCUGCUGCCCAGAGUGCCGGAAGAUAUGCAAGCAGAAGAAGGGCCUCCGGAGUCUGGGGGAGAAGAUGAAACUCCUGCCUCAGAGGCCACUGCCUCCUGUGCUGCAGGAGACCUGUGCUGUGAGGGCGGAACCUCUGCUGCUGGUGCGAAUCAACGCCUCCGGAGGCCUCAUCCUGAGGAUGGGGGCCAUCAACCGCUGCCUGAAGCACCCCCUGGCCAGGGACACCCCCAUCUGCCUCCUUGCUGUUCUGGGGGAGCAGCACUCAGGGAAGACCUUCCUCCUUAACCACUUGCUCCAGGGGCUGCCAGGCCUGGAGUCCAAUGAGGGCGGCUGGCCUAGAGGAGGGGGAUCCCUGCAGGGAUUCAGAUGGGGUGCCAAUAGCCUUACCAGGGGCAUAUGGAUGUGGAGCCACCCCUUCCUUCUGGGAAAAGAGGGGAGGAAGGUGGCCGUGUUUCUGGUGGACAUAGGGGACGCCAUGAGCUCUGAACUGAGCAGAGAAACAAGGACCAAGCUUUGUGCCCUUACCACGAUGCUGAGCUCCUACCAGAUCCUCAACACCUCCCAGGAGCUGAAGGAUACAGACCUAGAAUAUCUGGAGAUGUUUCUCCAUAUGGCUGAGGUGAUGGGCAGGCAUUAUGGGAUGGUGCCAAUCCAGCACAUGGAUCUCUUAGUUCGUGACUCAUCCCACCCCAACAAGGCAGGGCAGGGGCACAUGGACGAUGUCAUCCAGAAAUCCAGCAAAUACCCCAGGGUUCGAGAGCUGCUCCAAGGGAGGCGAGCCCGUUGUUACCUCCUGCCUGCUCCAAGGAGGCGGUGGGCCAGCAAAGACCACAGAAGCCCAGGCAACACAGAUGACAAUUUCCGCCACCUCCGAGCGUACGUCACUGAUGUGCUGAAUGCUGCCCCCCAGCACGCCAAGAGCCGCUGCCAAGGGUACUGGAGUGAAGGGCGCCCCAUGGCCAGGGGAGACAGACGCCUGUUCACAGGACAGCAGUUAGCUCAGGAAAUCAAGAACCUUUCAGGCUGGAUGGGGAAAACAGGGCCUGGGUUCGCCUCUCCAGAUGAGAUGGCUGCUCAACUGCAUGACCUGAGGAUGGUGGAAACUGCCAAGAAGGAGUUUGAGGAGUAUGUGCGGCAGCAGGACAUGGCCACCAAGCGCAUAUUCUCUGCGCUCCGGGUCCUUCCUGACACCAUGCGGAACCUCCUCUUCGCUCAGAAAGACGCCAUUCUGGCUCGCCACAGAGCAGCCUUGCUGUGCCACGGGAGAGAGCAGGCCUUGGAAGCCCUGGAGGCUGAGCUGCAGGCUGAGGCCAAAGCCUUCAUGGACGCCUACACCAUGCGCUUCUGUGGUCACCUGGCUGCUGUGGGCGGUGCCGUGGGGGCGGGGCUCAUGGGCCUGGCCGGGGGUGUGGUGGGCGCAGGCAUGGCCGCGGCAGCGCUGGCUGCAGAGGCUGGGAUGGUGGCAGCUGGAGCUGCGGUGGGGGCUACAGGAGCCGCUGUGGUCGGGGGUGGUGUGGGUGCUGGGUUGGCUGCCACCGUGGGCUGCAUGGAGAAGGAGGAGUAUGAGAGGGUGCAGGAAGGGGACCGAGAGCCCCUGCUCCAGGAGGAGUAA